AUGUCUUCCAAGACUUAUACUGUCGAGCAAGUCGCUCUGCACAACAAGCCAGGCGACUUGUGGAUCAUCGUCGACGCCAAGGUCUACGACCUCUCCAAGUUCGCCAACCUCCACCCCGGCGGCGCAGGCGUCCUCGUCAACAAGACCGUCGCGGGCAAGGACGCGACGGAGGCCUUCUUCGGCCUCCACCGGCACGAGGUCCUCCUCCGCCCGCAGUACGCCCGCCUCCAGAUCGGCACCGUCGCCGGCCAGACGGAGCUCGUCGCGCCCCCCGCGCCCGGCGCGUUCUCCGAGGUGCCCUACGCGGAGCCCGCCUGGCUCGCGAAGGGCUUCCAGAGCCCGAGGCCGCGCGCAGUUCUUCGAGGAGUCGUCCAGCCAGACGCGCUCAAGUGCGAGGACAGCGGCAAGCGGCUGUCGCAGGAGGUCAUCGACAAGUCGUGCGAGAUGAACAUCCCGGCGAUGCGGAUAGGCCCCGGUAAGCACCUCCAAGGCCGCACGCUCAUGGGCGGCGUCGUGACCCCCGAGGAGUACGACCACUUCCACGAGCUGAUCCUCAACUUCGAGAUCGGACGGCUCGGCACGCGCGGGUACGUCGACGGCUACUUCGCGGGCCAGGUCAUCGGCCUCCCGCCCGUGCUCAACUUCGGCUCGCCCGAGCUCAAGGCGCGGGUCGUCCCCGAGGUCCUCGGCGGCAAGAAGUUCAUCUGCCUCGCCAUCAGCGAGGCCUUCGCCGGCAGCGACGUCGGCGGCCUGCAGACCUGGGCCGAGCGCGAGGGCGACGAAUGGGUCAUCACCGGCACCAAGAAGUGGAUCACGAACGGCACGUUCGCCGACUACUUCUCCGUCGCCUGCAACAGCGCCAACGGCUACGUCGUCGUCCUCGUCGCGCGCCAGGACGCCGUCUCGACGAAGCCGAUCAAGACCGCGUACUCGUCCACCGCGGGCACCGCGUACGUCACCUUCGACCGCGCGCGCGCGCCCGUCGCGCACACCCUCGGCCCCGUCGGCCGCGGCAUGCAGGUCGUGCUCUCGAACUUCAACCACGAGCGCUGGAUGAUCGUCUGCACCGCGCUCGCCGGCCAGCGCCGCGUCGUCGAGGAGUGCCUCAAGUGGGUCGCGCAGCGGUCCGCGUUCGGCCGCCCGCUGCACGCCCAGCCCGUCGUCCGCGCGCGGCUCGCGGCGAUGAUCGCGCGCGUCGAGACCGGCCAGAACUGGCUCGAGUUCGUCACGCACCAGAUGAACCACAUGUCGUACAACGAGCAGUCGGACAAGAUCGCGGGGACAAUCGCGCUCCUGAAGCAGUACGUCACCCGCUCCGGCCGCGAGAGCGCCGAGGACGCGACGCUCAUCUUUGGUGGACGCGGCAUCACCGCGUCCGGCAUGGGCAAGUUCAUUGAAAACUUCCACCGCACCUCGCCGUACGAUGCGAUCCUUGGAGGGUCCGAGGACGUCAUGGGCGACCUCGGCGUGCGUCAGGUCAUCAAGAAGAUGCCACAUAACGCUCGCCUAUGA